GCGGAGAGGGUUAACGAAUAUAGUAAUAAGUAAUAAGUUAUUUCGAUUUUCAGAUUAUCAAGCUCAACCGGUUAAACAGUUGCUAUAAUCAAUAGUACAAAUCAAUCUAUAAAAGCCUUUAUUCGUUUCUUCAAGGUAAAAACAGGCCCCCUAUCCAUUUACGCCCCCUGCCGACGGAAACACGGAUCGCCUUAGCUACAAAUUGUCCCUUCCUCCUCCAUUCGAUUAGGUAGUCGAAAAAGUUCCAUUCGGAAAUGACUCAUUACUUCGGACCGGAAUCGCCGCGUCCCUUCGCGGUAUUAAGGGAAUCCGGUGCUUCUUCAUCUUCUGAUUUGCCUAGUUAUGGCAUGGAAGACGAUAUCUACUCUUUUGGAAUUGAUUAUGAAUUACGCAUGUGUCAAUUAGUUCAUAAGCACUUGGAAUUAGGAACAAACGAUAAACUUUGCUACAUCGGAGAGGAUAAAGGAAGUUUAGCGCCUUUGCUGACUAACAGGUUUGGUCUUUUGCAAGAACCAACUGUCGUGUUUCCUGGUCGUAUUCAAUACGAGGAAGACCAUUUAAAGAGGAGAGUUGCCAUACCUUUAGCAAAUAUUGGAGCAGAAGACUUUUUUAAAGAAAGUUCCGAUCAAUUCGAUAAAAUUGCUCUGGUUUAUUCAAUUAACUUUAUCGACGACUUGGGUACGUUUCUUUGUAAUGCUAUGGAUCAUUUAAAAGACGACGGACGUCUAGUUGUAAUUGAACGAAAGCCGGAAAUGAAUACUUUGCCAUUGUUUAAAGAAGCAAAGAAUAAAUUAAUGGAGAACGAAUUGGAAAAACAUGAUUAUUCGAAUAUAAUUAAAUGUCUUCAGGCUGCAAGGGCUGAUGUUUCUUGGGAAGUUGAAUUACUAAAUAUAAGAAUGCCCAAAGCUAAAUGGUUCAAUCAGUUACGUUCUAGGUUUCCGAGCCCGUUAGAGAUGUUUAGCGAUUUAGAUAUCGAAGCUGGAAUUAGAGAAUUAAACGACGGAAUGCUCAAGUACUGCGUUGAUUCAAUUAUUGAAUUCACUGACCGCCUGCUGUUUAUUACGGGAAGUAAAACUUCACCCAAUAGGUAUCCGUCCAUUCAACGAUUCGGGUCGAGUCUACUUAGUCCCCACCCUGAUAUGAAAGCAAUGAAUUACUCAAUGAAAGCCACUCCAGAAUUAAUGAAAUACUUACCUAAGAAACGUCUUCCUAAAUUAGGUGAAUAUUAAAAGCGCGCCAAAAAUAAGAAACACCAACGACAUCUCGUUACAUGUAUUGUCACCAUAACUGUUCUGAAUGACUAUUUUGUGUACUUUACGCCGAUUAAACAUCUUUUUUUUAUUAAAUUUAAAAUUCUUUAUUCCGUUGAGAUUAAAUAAAUAUAUAAAUUAUUCAAACAUUUCCU